UGCAGUGAGUCCCCGUGCGCGCGCAACGUCGGUCGCCGCUCGUACGCUCAGUCGAUCAGAGUAGCGCGUCGAACCGAGACACCCCGGCGUGCGCUCGUAGGCCUAAAAUCCACAAAUCGGUAUUAUACUACCGAUCGUGUUCGUUACCUUGAAGGUAUUCAAGCAACCGAGCAACGACUUAGUGAGAAGUGAGUGAACAGCUGACUACCGGCUGCCGAAUUGUGUGUGAUCGAAUAUUUGAUGCCAGUGAAAUCCAGUGAAGUAUGUGCCAGCCGAGCUAGCACCCAAAGACACCCCCCACAAGUAAUGCACAGCGACUGCAGCUCCCUCUAGCAAACAACCUCCCCUUCAAGAUGUCCGUGGAGACCCAAGAAUACAUCAACGGGAUGAGGGAGGGCCCUCUGACCAGAGAGAUCCCAGAAUGCAUGCGAAACAAGUACACUAUAGUGCAGACCGUUUUUGACAUUAUAUGGUUCCUUCUGCUCGCCGCCGGACAUAUCAUCACAGGGAUAUACAGAUAUAUAGUCGGGUAUCCUAAGAAAGACUUGAAGGGGGGUAUAGCGGUUGUCACGGGCGGAGGCGGCGGCCUAGGCAGUCUGAUAGCGCUUCGCCUCGCCAGAUUGGGAUGCAAAGUCGUGUUAUGGGAUAUUAACAAACAAGGACUAGAAGACUCUGAAAAACUAGUGAAGGGUAUCGGAGGAGACUGCUACUCGUACGUGGUAAAUCUGGCCGAUAAGGAAGACAUUUAUAGAGUUGCCAAGAAAGUUCAUGAAGAAGUCGGUAGAGUGAGUUUGCUGAUAAACAACGCUGGCGUUGUGUCAGGGCAAUAUCUGCUAGACACGCCGGACUACCUCAUACAGAGGACGUUUGACGUCAAUGUUCUGGCUCAUAUAUGGACGGUAAAAGCCUUCCUGCCCAAGAUGAUCGACCACAACGACGGCCACAUAGUGACCAUUGCGUCCAUGGCUGGUCACGUGGGAGUGGCCAAACUGGUAGACUACUGUGCGUCGAAGUCAGCUGCCUGCGGCUUCGACGAGGCCCUGAGAUUGGAGCUGGAGGUUCGAGGGGCUAAAGGAGUGACCACAUCACUCAUCUGCCCGUACUUCAUCCGGUCUACGGGCAUGUUUGAACAGGUUAACUCAAGGUUCGUGCCUCAGCUGAACGCGAACGAGGUGGCGGACCGAGUGGUGCUCGCCAUCCGCACCAACGAGGCCAUGGCCGUCAUGCCGGGCUACUUCAGUUACCUGCUGCCUUUCAAAUGGCUCGUCCCCUGGCCAUGCCUCUCGGAGUUCCUCCGGCGCCUGGUGCCGGACGCCGUGCCGAUCACGCCCGCGACGCCCGCGCAGUCGGCGGCCAGGCCCGCGCCGCCGCCGCUGCCCGCCAAGCCCGACGCGCGCCCCAUGACACUCACGCCGCCGCACCGACACGACCGGCGCGUCUGACGAGGCAUGUGGAGUUAGGUGAUAUUGAUGAAUGGACUAUUUAGUGACGUAGGUUAAUCUGCCGUCUCCAGGUCGAUAGGUAUCUUAGACUAGGUACGCACUACCGUAGCGGCCAGCUGCACAGCCGGUAAGUAAGAAUGAUUGAAACCGGAGCCGCAAAUACUGUACGCACUAUGCGGCCUGUCGCAACCGCACGCGGCUAGCCGCUUAGUGCGUCAAGUCUUUAGGUGUUUGCAGGUAUCAUGUACCUGUGAUCAAUACACUCACAUAUUUUGACCAAUGUUAUUACAGGUACAGCAACCAAUUUGAAUACUAGGCCACUGUAGGACGUUAUAACAGUAAACGUCAAAGUUACUUCUAUGGUAAAUAAACGGUGUCAAGGGGUUCUAAAGAGACCUAGGUAUCAAAUUCAAAUUCGUUGACCGUACGCUAUGCCUGUAAUCAAUGCAGCGGGCUGAUUUUUGAGUCUCACGCGUUCGAAUUCAGAAAAUUGUCACCGAAAAUAAUAAACAAGUCACCGUUUUCAACCGGUAUUUUAGUGACAAAAUCCCGUAUGCGAGAUUCAAAAACCGCCCUGCAGCUUAAUGACAUUAAUAAAAAAAUCGUGGCUCACUUCAUUAUUCAAUGACAUGGACGUAGCUUAUGAAGCCGUCUCCAGACUUUUGACAAACCGGCGGUCGAUGAGUUUGUUAGUUAUAGGUAUUUUGACCAAUGGCAUUGCAGGUAACGCUGCAUCUGUAAUUAAUACACAUUAGGAAAGAAUCUUACCUCACUUUGCCAGUGUUGUGGCUAAAUAUCAUAAAGAGAACUACAUUAGCCUACGAGCUUAUUUACAUAUUGCAG